CUCACCUUUAACCUGCUCCACCCCCGCAAGCAAGUGGGAAAUGGGAGGAGACUAACAACAACAUCAACAACAAUAAUACCUAUCGUCAACAACAACAACACCACCACCACCACCACCACCACCACCAUCUCUUGCCACAGAAACUCCCUCCACUCUUCCUUCCGUAUCACGAAACUGCCCUUCCCACCGGCCUCACAGCCGCAUCAUCCGACGGACCACCCACUUCGCCUGCCCGUUAUCGAACUGCACCAUCAUCCUCUUCUCACCUCCCUCUUCCCUCCUCCCUCCUCGACCACUUCCUGUCCCAUCUCUCCGCGUGCUUGUCGGGUGUUGUUGCCACAAUCGCUCCGGCAAGAACGUUGAGGUCAGACGACGACGUCGACGACGACGACAGCACGUCGGCUCAGCCUGGAGCUUAUUCGUCACCCUUGCCGUCUGAAGGACCCGCAAUCCGAGACGAGAGUUUGACUGGGCCACCCUGCACUCUGACCAACAAACUCCCACCCAGCCAUGUCGCUCAAGAAGGCCCUGAGCAGCUUUCGCUCCGGAGGGAGUGGCUCGACUUCCGCAGCAACCAGUGAUACUGAGACUGCCGACAAGACCGAGAACCUCAACCGUCGUUCCACGAGCGGCCUGGCAGCUUUGACGAGCGCUCGCCCAUUUGCCAGACACUCUACCGACGUCGCCCGAGCCUCCACCGAUCAUGUGCGUUCUCCCGCCUCGGCCUCCCCCAGUCGCCAAUCCCGCGACCACCAUCGAGCCUCGCAUAGUCCGCUGGGCUUCCUGCGCCGCAAGAUUCGGGCGAGCUCCGAGGACUCGCACUCCUCCACCGAGGACUACUUGGCUGUGAAUCGUGACGGCGAUACCUUGAGCAAAAACCAACAGCGCAAACAUGAGCGCGCCGCGGAAAAGGAAGCCCAUCGCAAGGAGGCGGAAGAGCGUACGCAAGCCGAUCGCCAACGCAAGGAAGACAUGCGACGUCGUGCAGAAUUGGGGGAAACGGAAGAACAAAAGUCCAAGUACGGUGUUCUGCCUAUCAAUUACUAUGCAGGUCAGCAGAAGCAUCAGGACCGCAUUGAUAUCCGCGAGCUGAAGCCGGAGCACAUUGGCAAGAUGGUCUGCUUCCGGGCACGUAUCCACAACAUGAGGAAGCUGAGUGCGCAUCUCGUCUUCGUGGAGCUGCGCCAGCAAACCGCCACCAUUCAGGGCAUUCUGCAUGAGCACGGCAGCGUGUCACCUCACUUUGUCUAUUGGGCGGAGCACCUCCACGUCGAGACCGUGGUUCUGAUCAAAGGUGUGAUCCAGGAGCCCAAGUCCAAACAGGGCGAAAUCAUUGGCGUGUCGAUACACAACUUGGAGGUGCAUAUCCACGAAAUGCACGUCGAGGCCACUCCCAGCGAGCCACUCGCAUUCACGGUGCAUGAGGCUGAGGUGAACAAGGCGGACACGCAAAAGGAGGGAGAUACACGCCACCGCGUGUCCGACCGUGCCCGGCAGAAUAACCGGAUAAUUGAUCUGCGUUCGACAGCUUCGCAAGGCAUCUUCCGCGUACAGUCGGGCAUAUGUCAAGCGUUCCGCGCACAUCUCCACUCUCUGGGCUUCAUGGAAAUUCAUACGCCGAAGCUGCAAGGCGCCGCGUCCGAGUCCGGAGCCAGCGUGUUCAAAGUCGACUACUUUGGUCGACCUGCCUUCCUGGCACAGUCUCCUCAAUUGGGUAAGCAGAUGUGCAUUGCUGCAGACUUCCGCAGAGUGUUUGAAAUUGGGCCCGUAUUCAGAGCGGAGAACAGCAACACCCACAGACAUUUGACAGAAUUCACCGGCUUGGAUUUGGAAAUGGCUAUCGACGAGCACUAUCACGAGGUUCUCCGCGUACUGGACAGCACGUUCAAGGCGAUUUUCACGUACGUGUAUGAGAACUACAAGGACGAGAUUGAGGUGGUGAAACGCCAGUUCCCCCACGAGGACCUCGUAUGGCUCGAACAGACGCCGGUCAUUCCCUUUGCAGAAGCGAUUCGCAUGCUCAACGACUCGGGAUAUCGUAACGAAGACGGAAACCCUCUGCCCGAGGACGAGGACAUGGGAACCCGUGAUGAGAUUGCGCUGGGUGCGGUCGUCAAGGAGAAGUACAAGACCGACUACUACGUGAUUGACAAGUUUCCGGCAUCCGCACGCCCCUUCUAUGCGAUGCCAGACCCUGAAAACGAGAACAUCACCAACUCCUUCGAUAUCUUCUUGCGUGGUCAGGAGAUCCUGUCUGGUGGCCAGCGUAUUCACGAUGCGCCCAUGCUCAUCAAGAAGAUGGAGGCUCUGAAAAUGGACCCCAGCACGUUGGAAGAGUACAUGACAGGUUUCGAAUGGGGCGCGCCGCCUCAUGGAGGUGGUGGCAUUGGUAUGGAGCGCAUACUGAUGCUGCUUCUCCAGCUGGGUGAUAUUCGAAAUGCCACCCUGUUCACCAGAGAUCCGAGAUCGCUGCCGUACCACCCACCUGUCAAGCAGCUCAGACAUCCUGAUGCCAGCACGCUGCAUCCUCCUUGGUCCGGCCAAGAUCGUGUUGCGGCACACAUGGACUUCCAGCCUUUGCCAAAACUCAUUGCCAAUUACGGCGAUGCUUCCAACACUUCGUGGCUGGAGCCGAAGUUUGAGGUCUGGCGUGACCCUAACACUGGUGCCGCCGUGGGCUUCGUACCGCACGAGGGCUUCAGCAUCACCAUUGGAGAUCCACUGUGCCACCCCAGUCAGUAUGCCAAGACCAUUGGUGGGUUCCUGCGAUACAUUAAGAAGGAACGGCGACUCAAGCCAUUGUGGCUGCUGUGUGGCGCAGCUCCAGAAGAGGUGCUAGCAACGAAAUUCGACUGGCGAACCUUGUCAGUUGCAGCUGAGCAGCGACUGGAUCCGGGAAAUAACCCUGCAGCGCAGGAUCCGGAUAUCCAGCGCAAGUGCCGCCAUGCCGAGAAAGAGGGUGUCAAGGUGCAUGAUAUCAAUCUAGGGACUCCAGUGCCUGAAGAUAUCAAGCAGAAGGUCGAGAAGCGCAUUCAGGAUUGGCUCAAGAACCGCAAGGGCAAGCAAGUGCAUUUGACCGAUGUGCAUCCAUGGCAGGAUGUGGAGCACAGACAAUACCAUUACUCCACCACCAAGGAGGGGGAGAUUGCUGGUCUGGUCAUUUUAGCACAGCUGUCGCCCGAUCACGGUUGGCAGGUGAAGUUUGCUUUGGAUUUCCCGGGUGCGCCGUCCGGUGCCAUCGAGUUGCUCGUGCUACACGCGCUCAAGGCUGCCGCAGCGACUGGCGCAACCUCCGUCACCUUUGGUGGCGGAGCUUCCGCCAAGCUCACCCCAGGACACAACUUGAAGGGCACCAGGGUCAAGGUCUUGGCCAAGGCGUACCACGCCAUCGCAACCGAGCUGAAAUUGACGAACAAGAGCGAAUUCCGAGAGAAGCUCGGCGCUCAAGAUGAUCCCGUGUACGUGUGCUACCCACCUCAUGGUCUAGGACCUGCCGGUGUUCGAGCUAUUCUGAGCUUUUUUGAGGACGACGAGGACGAUAAAAACAAGGUUUAGCAGUCCCAGGAAGAGCGUGCAUCGUUGGUGUUUCCCCAGAAGUUUUCGCGAGUGUUUACUGCGUCCAAGUCUGUCGUACAUUGGCGGAGAGUGUCGACCAGGAUUGAUGUUGAGAUGGAGUGAGAUGGGGCGUGUGCACAGAUGUGCUGUUGCCUGUUCUCCCAAUAUAUAACGAUACACCUAGAAACCAAUAGCUGAUUGAUCUUUUUGC